AUGGCCGAAGCUCCUUUAGCCCGCUCGGAAUCGAUUCAGCAAGCAACGUUCCCACCCCCUGGGGAUGUGGAAAAGUUUCAAAGCUCCAUCACUGAAAUCAAUACGAAUUCACACAUUGACGAGUUCCCUCUUCCGACAGAGGCCGAGAGGCAGACGUUACGCCGAGUCGCAGGGAAUGUGCCUUUUAUCGCCUUCUCACUCUGUCUGGUUGAGUUUGCUGAACGUGCAUCCUACUAUGGAGCCAAUACAGUCUUUUCCAACUUCAUACAAUUUCCACUUCCUGAAGGCGGCAAUGGAGCUGGCGCUACGCCACGGGGAACUCAAAAAACUGCCGGGGCUUUGGGUAUGGGGCUUCAAGCAAGCUCUGCAUUGACACUGUUGUUUGUCUUCUUGUCCUAUGUGAUUCCAAUAUUUGGCGGCUGGUGGGCGGAUGUCCAUGUGGGCCGAUACAAAGCGAUCAUGGUCGGUGUGGUAAUUUGCGGCGUCGCCCAUAUAAUCCAAAUCAUCGGUGCUAUUCCAUCUGUUCUUCAGAAGGGCUCAUCCCAUGCCGCUCCACCCUUCAUCCUCGGCCUGUUGAUAUUGGCUAUUGGCGCUGGAAUCUUCAAACCAAAUGUUUCACCCUUGGUCCUGGACCAAAUUCGUCACACGAAAGCCUACACCAAGCAGCUCAAGUCUGGUGAAAAGGUUAUCGUCGAUCCAGAUGCCACAACCACAAGGACCAUGCUAAUUUUUUACGGCUUUAUAAACGUCGGUGCCCUCUUUAUGCUCGCUACUACAUAUGCUGAGAAAUACGUUGGGUUCUGGCUGUCGUUUCUGUUGACGGGAAUCAUUUAUUUGCUACUCCCAAUUCUACUUUUGACGGUUCGCAAUAAAAUACACAAGGAGCCACCCAAUGGGGGAUCUGAGCUCACACAAGCAUUGAAGAUCACAACAAUCGCACUCAAGCAGAACAAGUUUCGAGUAUGGCGUACGAAAUUCUGGGAUGCAGCACACCCUGAUACCCUGCAGAGUAAGGGAAUCACGGUGGACUGGACAAGAGCUGCGGUGAAUGAUGUUGCAAGGACUCUCAGUAAGUCUAUCAAAUCAUACUCUGCCCAUUUGCCCCUUUGGACUUGCACACGCAUCUAUUGCAGCACCGCGGUGCUCGAUCCUUUCACUUCUGACACCGUCCCUGACCUCAUCUUUUUGCAAACAGGCGCAUGCGAUGUGUUUUUGUUUUUUCCCAUCUGGAACCUCAACGUCGGUGGUAUUGGCUCAGUUAGCACGAACCAAGGCGCAGCCAUGAUCACAAACGGGGUCCCCAAUGAUGUUCUGAGUAACUUCAGCCCGCUGACGAUCAUUGUUGCGAUCCCAUUGUUGACAUUCGUGGUUUACCCGACUUUGGACCGUUAUAGAAUCCAUGUGGGCCCCAUCACCCGUCUCACGUUUGGAUUCUUCUUGGCGAUGGUUUCUGGCAUUAUAGGGACUAUAGUGCAAUGGAAAGUAUACACGCUAUCGCCAUGCGGAUAUCACGCAUCAACAUGCGACACCGUUGCUCCUAUCAGUAUUUGGUGGCAGGCUCCAAAUAUUGCUCUUGGGGCAUUGAGUGAGUGUUUUUGCAACGUUACCGCAUACGAACUGGCAUAUGCGCGAUCACCUCCAAGUAUGAAAGGCUUGGUUGUGGCAGUCUUCCUAUUUAUGAAGGCUCUCUCGAGUGCACUUGGUGAAAUUUUGAUUCCAGUCACGAAGGAUCCCUGGCUAUUAUGGAUUUGGGGGGCGCCGGCAGUCGCGCUAGCUCUCCAAACAAUCGUUUUGUGGGUGAGGUUCAGAGGGCUCAACAAUACCAUGGAUGGAACAGAUGAUCUCCAAUCCUCUGAGGAUGAGGUGAAGCGCAAUGGACAGAAGCCGAUUGGAAAUGCGACGAAUAUUUGA